AUGCCGAGUGAUGCAAUGGCGCUCGGACACGGCUCAAAGAAGUCAAUUUCAUGUGACCAGGGGGUCACUCCAGCCUCUCUGAACAAUGAGAUAGCAGCUGCCACUCAAGCUGUGGCUCCAGCAGCCAGGAAGACUCGGUCCUACAAGUGUCUCCUUGCCUUCCUCAUCAUAUUCAUCCUCAUCUUUAUAGUUGCAGGAGCCGUGCUGGCCUGGUAUUUUCUGGAGUACAGGGUUUGGGUAUUAGAGGCUCGAGUGGAGCAGCAGUACACGGCCUACCUAACCAUCCUCAACAGGAACUUCUCUGCACAUCUGUCCUCCCACAACAGCCCUGCAUUCAAGAAAGAAGCCAAGGGAGUGCAGAACAUGGUAGAGAAGAUAAUGAAAGGGUCGAGACUUUCUCGAUACUUUAACUACACCACCGUCUUCGCCUUUGGGGAGGGAAGUGUUGUAGCUCACUUCUGGAUAGUGCUGUCUAUACCCAGCAGCCAUGUUGGAAGAAUCACGCUGGAGAAGGUCACCGGGAGCCUGGAGGAGGGCCUGCGGGGCCACAGCGGCUCAAAGGUGGAAGAGACGGCCUGCUUUGAUGGAUACCUCUUCCACCUCCCCACGCUAUCUGUCAGUGAAACCGACUCCAAAGUUAUAGAGCUUUUGAAAGCCUCAUUUGACUGUUACCGCUACCAGAAGGUGGUGUCCAGCAGCCCCGUGGCCCUCCAUGGCCCCGACACGCAGCGCUCCUCCUGCCUGUGGCACCUCCAGGCUGCCCCCGGGGCCCAGCUGGAGCUCCACAUGGAGUGGCUGCUGCCGGAGUGCCGGGACCGUCUGGUGGUGUACAACUCCCUCACGCCCUCCGAUAACCAGCUCAUCACGUCCGUUUAUGGCUGCAGCAGACAUGAGCAUGUGGUGCGCGUCCUGUCAUCAGGAGAGUGGAUGACGGUGGUUUGGAAACAGGGUCUCUACAACUACAAGGACCCCUUUUCUUUGUCUGCACAGGCCUGGGAUCACCAAGACUGUAACUCCAGCAUACAGCUGAAGGCAGUGUCGGGGGUUCAGGGAACACUAAGGACACCUUUCUUUCCCAGCUACUACCCUCCAAACACCAACUGUUCCUGGAACUUUACUAUGCCCAGUGCAGGGAUGGGCUUGUCCCUGGAGUUUGAGGGCUAUGAGCUGAGCAGAGCCAGCUACAACCAGGCCUGUACCCAGGGACAGUGGAUUAUCCAGAACCGCAGACUGUGUGGCACCAGAAGUCUGCAGCCCUACAACGAACGCCUCUUCCUGCUCUCUACGACGGCCACAGUCGUCAUGACGUCCGAGGUGUCGCUCACGGGGCCGGGCCUCCAGCUGCACUACAGCGUCUUCAACCUGUCAGAUCCUUGCCCCGGCCGGUUCUUGUGCACCGUGAACGGCCUCUGCGUUCCCGUCUGUGAUGGAAUCAAGGACUGUCCCAAUGGACUUGACGAGAGGAACUGCGUGUGUGCAGCACAGUACAAGUGCCCGGAGGACAGCCAGUGUGUGGACUACUACAAAGUGUGCGACCAACACCCGGACUGCCCUGAAGCCACAGACGAGAUGAACUGCACUGAUGGUGUGCAGUGUACAGAUCUGACCUAUGUGUGUGCCGAUGGGACGUGUCUGAAGAAGCCGAACCCUGAGUGUGACUCUGUUACUGACUGUCCUGAUGCUUCAGAUGAGAAACAGUGUGACUGCGGCCUGAGGCAGUUUUCCAGCCGCAUCGUCGGCGGCACCAACGCCUCUGAGGGGGAGUGGCCGUGGCAGGCCAGCCUGCAGGUGCGGGGCAUCCACAUCUGUGGCGGUGCGCUGAUCUCCAGUCAGUGGGUCGUGUCUGCCGCCCACUGUUUCUAUGACGACCGCCUCUACUCCCCCUCACUGUGGACCGUCUACUUGGGUAAACUCCUGCUCAACCGCAGCAGUCCCACAGAGGAGGUGGCGCGAGUUCAACGCAUCCAUCUUCACCACUACUACGACUACGAGUCCCACGACUACGACCUGGCCCUGCUGAAGCUGGAUCGGCCUGCCUCUGUGCUGCUGGCUGGACAUGCUCGACCUGCCUGCCUGCCCCCGCCCACCCACCAGCUGGAGCCAGGCCUGCUCUGCUGGGUCACCGGCUGGGGGGCGCUCCGCGAAGGAGGCGCUGCCAGUAAUUUGCUCCAGAAGGUGGAUGUUCGUCUGGUCAGCGAGGAGGCCUGUGUUCGUUCCUAUGGCCACCUGGUCACUCCCAGAAUGCUUUGUGCUGGUUAUCGCAGUGGAGAAAAAGAUGCCUGUCAGGGAGACUCAGGUGGUCCGUUGGUUUGUCAGGAGCCGUCGGGUCGCUGGUUCCUGGCCGGGGUGGUGAGCUGGGGCAAAGGCUGCGGGCGCCCAGACUACUACGGCGUCUACACUCGCAUCACCAGGCUCACAGACUGGAUCAAGCAGGUCAUCGGCAGCCCCUGAGUCACUGAGAAUCUUCAUCAUCCUCACAUCAAUACCUUCAUAACCCUAAGCUGGUUGCAAAUUAAAACAAUGACAGCUGGUGCCUGCACAGAUCGCCUCUCAUCCGAGCGGCACAAUGGCGAAAUGUGAAAGGCUUUAAAAAACCUCUUUUAUGUGACGCCUCUCAGGACAGAUAUGAUGAAGUGUUCAUCCGUUGUUUCCAGCGUGCGGUAAAAAGAAACGCGCCAAAUGGCAAAAAUGAAAUAAAAAAAAUGGAAUGUAAUGGACAGUGCGUAAACAAAUUGAAGUACUUUGUAAAUCAUCCCUUGGGUGAUCAUUCACCGUAUUACAGACAGAAUGUUUGUCAUUUGAGAAAUAUAACAAUUAAAGCUUGAAGGCAU